UGAGAGGGAAAAUGUGUUUUCUCUAUGUAUAAUUGACGAUAAUUGUGGCUAGAUUCUAGGUGUGUUUCAACGACUCCUGUUUAGUGUGCCUUUCAUAGCUGGCACCUGGAAUUAGCAUUAAAUUGGACAGUUUUUAUUUGAGCGCCGCUGUUGAAUUAGAUGAUGGUCAGGCUGUGGUGGAUUUCUGCAUGGGGUCUGUCAAAGAGAUCAUCGUCUGUUGCUGCAGGCCAUCACACUGAAUCUCAGGCAGUGGCUGAUGUGAGAUAUGAGCUCUAAGCAUUACUCUGACUGGAUCCCUUACAGCGUUCUUGACGAUGAGGGCAGUAAUCUUCGGCAGCAGAAGCUUGACAGACAGCGUGCCCUGCUAGAGCAAAAGCAGAAGAAGAAGCGGCAGGAGUCCCUGAUGGUCCAGUCAAACGUGGAUAGCCGCUCACGAACACGCAGAAUGAAGCAGUCCGAGGAGCAAGCCCCUCUCGUCGAAUCUUAUCUCAGCAGCAACAGCAGCACCAUCUAUCAUGUACAGGAGGCUGAACAGGAGGAUGUAAAGGUGGUAACUGAUGUGCAGGCCCCAAAGUCAACUAAAAAAUCAAAGGCAGCCACCACGACCUCCCAAACUAGCAGCACCAAAAAGGAGAAAAAGGGCAAACACAAAGGACUCGAUGGCCCAGCUGCCUUUCAAGAUGUGGUCCAGGGCUUGGGAAGUCCGAUCCAGAUUCUCACAGUAGGACAGUCCAGCACAGACGAUGGGGAUGGAGACAUGGCGGCUAGUGGCCAACAGCAGGGCAAGCAUGACCUUCAAGUCACAAUGCAGAAAAAAGGGAUUUCCAGCAGUAUGAACUUUGAUGAGGAAGAAGAUGAUGAGGAGGAUGAAGUUAGCUCCAGCUCCUCCCAGCUAAACAGCAACACCAGGCCAGGAUCUGCAGCCAGCAAAAAGUCAAACAAGGAAGCGGCCUCUGCGUCGACGCCUCCUGCGAGCGAGCCAGGGGUGGAGGUGGAAGUAGAUGACCUGGAAGAGUUUGCUGUGAGGCCGGCUACCCAGGGAGUUACCAUCAAGUGCAGAAUCACCAGAGACAAGAAGGGGAUGGACCGUGGGAUGUACCCUACUUACUACCUCCAUCUAGAAAGGGAGGAUGGUAAGAAGGUGUUCCUAUUGGCUGGAAGGAAAAGGAAGAAGAGCAAAACCUCUAAUUACCUCAUCUCCAUAGACCCCACUGAUCUGUCUCGUGGUGGAGAGAGCUUCAUCGGGAAGCUGAGAUCAAACUUAAUGGGGACCAAGUUUACUGUGUAUGACAAUGGGGUGAACCCCCUGAAGACCACCUCUAGCUUGGAGACAAGCGAGCUGCGUCAGGAAUUAGCAGCUAUCUGCUAUGAAACAAACGUAUUAGGUUUCAAAGGGCCCCGUAAAAUGAGUGUCAUUAUACCUGGAAUGAAUAUGGACCAUGAAAGAGUUUCAAUCAGACCACGAAAUGAGCAUGAGUCAUUGCUGGCAAGAUGGCAGAACAAAAGCACAGAGAGCAUCAUUGAGCUGCACAAUAAAACCCCGGUGUGGAACGAUGACACCCAGUCCUAUGUCCUGAAUUUCCACGGCAGAGUCACGCAGGCGUCAGUCAAGAAUUUCCAGAUCAUCCACGACAACGAUCCUGAUUACAUAGUGAUGCAGUUUGGUCGGGUGGCUGAAGAUGUUUUCACAAUGGACUACAAUUACCCCAUGUGUGCGAUUCAGGCCUUUGCUAUCGCCCUCUCUAGCUUUGAUAGCAAGCUGGCCUGCGAGUAAAGAGUAAGAACAUCCCACCCCAUCCCCAUUCCCACAGAACAAACCACGCUUUCAAUGGAGGCAGCCCAUAUUUCACACACUGCCUGAGAUUCAUUACCCUUCCCUGUGACAAAAUGUGGUUCAGACGGAUGUCUAUUACAUUAUCAAAGAAACCCGUGGAUGGACGAGGUAAAACACAAACAGCAAUUCACUGAUUCUGCAGAAUUAUUAUCUUGCUCUUCAUUACUGUGCCUCGAUCACAAACGUCCUGUUGAUUUGUUGCCUAAAGAAGACCAGUAGAUUAUGAACCUGAUUGUUUUCCAGUAGAGCGCUAAAGAAAAACAAUCAGUCAGAUAAGCAUGUAUGUGAGUUCUGAUACAGUAAUAUGUACUGUAUUUAAUACAGUAUGUUGACUGUUGUGAAUAUAGGAUACUGUUUUGCAGGUUUAGCAGUAUACAUGUAGUAUAUGACUCACAAUUCAUGAGAAAACUGGUGAUGCUUGAGAUUUCUGUUUAAGUGAUCUCUCAAAAGCAUAGACAGCAUUCACUCACAAUUAAUUUUUGAAAAAUGGUUAGAACCUGUCAGUAUAUUUGUCAGUUUUUUUUUUGUUUUGGGUUUUUUUUUCAGUGCAGGAAACGACACAUAGAGCAAGGUGAGAUUUACUGUAAUGACAGAACUGGAUCAAAAAAAAAAACAAACAUUGACAAAUUGUAAGGAUUUGCAAUGGUAAUUGAUUUUAACGUUAUUAUUACGGUAUGAUAAAUAUCCUUGAAAACAACUCUACUCUUGUUUUUUUUUUUUUAAUGAAAAAUGAUAAGCCAACAUGGAAUAGUUUGUAUAUACAUUAUUUGGUGUUCCUAGUAGAAGCACUUGGAGUGCAGUGUGAGUCAUGUGAUCUGGCUUGGGGACCACAGGGGUUUAGGAGGAAGAUUAUGGGGGGAUUGCUCACCUCAUUGAGAUUCAGCCAUUGGCUAGGCACCCAACAAGUGCAGACAAGGACUUACGGUAACAAUGAAGCAAUGAAAAGAAAAAUUACAGGUACGUUACUAACACCUGGGGAAGUGUAACGCUAUAUUUUUUGGAACCCUGCUACUUACUCUUAAAAGUCUAGUUGGCACCAAACCAAAAACAGUUAUCUUAAAUCCAGUAAAUGCAACCUUUGGCAUACUGAAUACUGACAAUGUAAAUUUUAUGUAAUUUUAAUGUUAUGUUAAUAGAUUUCUUUUUAAAGCUAUAGGAUACUGUGUAUUGUACAGUAAAUAUUCAGUUGCCACAUUGCUGGUUUCAACACAGCAAGUUAAGCUUCUAGUGACUGUGUUGCCUAUCUUUUAGCAUUGCACACUGGAAGCUGUUUCUAAUACACAAAACUAUCUGAAGUGCAUGUCAGUUUAAAUAUGAAUUUGUCUGCAGCCUCGUAUGGGACGCUUCUUGUUCAAGUUAAUGAUUUCUUUCCUUUUUGAGAAUUAACAUUUCUAAUCUGUUAGCCUUAACCCAGACUAAUACAUAUAAAGGAAUUAUAAAUGGAUGAAUUAUGCAUAUUACACAUAAUACUUUCUCCAGCUACAUGUGUAAGUGAUAAAAAAACACACUCAUUGCGGCAUAACCAAAUAAAAAAAAACAAAUGUGUGUUGACGUACAGUACAUCUGGAAUCAUAUGUACUGUAUAUCUUUGAAUAACAUCAAUUGUUUUAUUUUUGUAAAAUUAUCCUCGUGAAUAUUUAAAAUACAUUUUGGACCUGAUUUUUAAAUGUUGGUAAAGUUGUUUAGUAAUAAGGAACACAAAUGUUAAUGUUAGAAUUUGAAUAGGAGGAUCGAAGGGAAGGUUUUCACCCAUCUUUUAAAUGUUUAUUUUAUUUGAAAUCCCCUAUUGUGUACAGUCAAAUAUUUUAGAGAAGGAUUUAGAGAGAAAGCCAUAGCUUGCUCUUCUUUUUCGGUUUACAUUUUGAUUGAAAAUAUACAUUUCACUGUGUAAAGCACGGUAGCUGUGAUUUUAAGAUGUAUGUAAUAUAGAUGUAAAUAGUGUGCCUUUGGGAAUACAGAAAGUUAAUGCAGUGUUAUAUUUGAAGUGAUUUCAUAAUUGUUUUUUUAUUAUUAUUAUUACUGUAUUAAUGCUAGGCUGAAAUUAAAAGGUUUGAUGCAGUUUUAGCUUCCCACAGAUCAUGUUCCAGCAAUCCUAAAAAAAAGCUUGAAUGGACAUUCUUUUAUAAUACCAUUACACUCAUUUUUCAUAAAGAACAAAAAAAAAAAAUCAAUUACAUGAGAAUGCACUGUUUUUUUUACUAUAUUUGCACUCAUUAGUUCUUGAUGUACACAGUCUAUAACACCAGUAAGACAAUAUUCUAAACAAAAACAGUUUAGAGCAAACUUUAAAGUAAGUCUAUGCACCUAGUAUUAAAGUUAUUUUAUCAUUUAUAUUGAAUUUUAAAGGAUAAACUCUUUUUUGAUUACCAAUCGGACAAAAAUUGUUUUUCAAAAUCAGAGCACACUAAGGUCUUACAAGCUUACACUGUCCACUACAAGGUUGGUUUCUUGGUUCACUGAGUCUUGCACACAUUGAAAUUGCAUAUUGGAUUCAGUCUAUGGCGUGUCUAAUGAAAGCACUUCAGUUGUUUGUGUGAUGAGGUUAUAAACUCUGUAGCUACAUGUGCAGGGGAGCCUCUUUUCACAGUGGUUAAGACACUUGCUUGUGGUGUCCAGUAUGCGAUCGCCAAUUCACAUGUCAGUUUGUUUUGCAAACUUCCUUUUUUGUUUGUUUUUUUUAAUGCAUGUUUUCAAUGAAGGAUUUCAGGGUUGGUCUCGUAUUACAGGAGGUGCUGAUGUUUUUUUUCUGAAGCCAAGCCUUGUGAACCCUCUGCACACCACAAGCCUUACUUCAGCAAUUCACAAUCUCACAACUCUCAUGCAGUUGCCUACGAAUGAAGGAUUUACAAACAUCAAAACAAACAACAUUCACAUCAAAAGGUUCAAUUCCUACAUUGAAUAUUAAGAACAAAUGUUGGUCCUACCUUUCUCUUCUGAAAUGCCUUGAGCAAGUUCACCAAGUCUUGCACCAAAAAAAAUGUCCUGUCCUGUGGUCAAACCUAUUUUGUGUUUUUUUUUUUUUUUUUUUUUUUUUGUAUUUGGACAUCUAGAUGAUACUGCAAAACUGUGCUUUUCAUAGAAGUAACUUUUUAAACUUUACCAAGGAAACACAUGGAAAAAAAUAACUGUGUUUCAUUAUGUAUGUGCAAGAGUUUAGUAUUUUAUUGUAAUUCAUGUAAAA